CUAUGACAGUAUAGCUGUUUCUGGUGAGCAGCGUAGCCUUGCAAGAAGAGAUUACGGACUCCGGAGCGGGUCUCUCUUCGAGCAAGAUGUUUCUCCUCGAUCUCUUGCAAACUAUCCUCAUAUUUAAAGCAGAGUUGCUGAGCCACUUUGCGCCACCCAAUACUCCCCCUUCUGGCGGGUCAUCCGAUUGCUCGGUGGGCUCAAUCAAGUCAUUACUCCCAGUUGGCUCGAAGGUUCUAUAUGCUUCUCACUAUGAGGCCGACGUUAGCUUUACGCCUCCGCUUGAGCACAACGCCGGAGCUUUUAGACAAUCGUCAUACGUCCUCCCGAAGAGUGCCUGUAUCUUCCAGGCCAACUUGACGCUUCCUGGAGACACCCAGCACAGUGUGGGUGUGGUUCUGCCAGAUGAUUGGAAUGGGAGGUUCUUGACAGCGGGAAACGGGGGGUUUUCUGGAAGCGUUAGCUGGGGCUCCAUUAUUGAUGCCUCUUGGUAUGGAUUUGCCGCCAUCUCGACAAAUACAGGCCAUGAAAGCUCAGGCGCUGAGUGGGCAUACCAUAAUCAGGACGCUCUCGCCAAUUGGGGCUACCGGGCUAUGCACGAUGCUGUUGUCAACGGAAAGUCCGUGACAGAGAAAUACUACGGAAAGGAAAUCUCCUAUAGCUACUAUCGCGGAUGUUCUGCAGGUGGAAAGCAGGGUCUCAAGGAGGUCGAAAUGUUCCCUGAUGAUUUCGAUGGAGUGAUUGUCGGAGCUCCCGCCUGGUGGACAACUCAUCUGCAACUGUGGAAUAUGAUUGUCGGUAUCUGGAACUCCCCAGCCGACUCCCCGCACCAUCUAUCAAAUGAACAGAUUGAUAUCUUGGCCAAUGAAGUCAUUCGCCAGUGUGAUCCGCAGGACGGAGUGGUGGAUAACAUAGUCAUGAACCCAGAUGCAUGCACCUUUCGGCCGGAGGCUCUCCUGUGUGCCGAUGACGCCACGGACACUUCGACCUGCCUAAACACAGAGCAGGUCAAGACGGUAUAUAAGCUUCACAAUGACUGGGUGGAGGCAGACGACACGUUUGUAUUCCCGCACCUCACUCUAAGCAGCGAGUGGAAGUGGAGCGGUUUGGUUGCCUCACCCUCGAGGCUGGGAACUGACUACGUCAAAUGGAUGCUUCAGUUGGGCGAAGACUGGAAGUGGGAAGAUUGGAAUACCGAUCUGAUCAAGCUGUCGGACGAGCUUAACCCUGGAAAUGCCACGACAGAUGACUAUGAUAUCUCUCCUUUCCACAACAAGGGUGGCAAAAUCAUCCAUUAUCAUGGAUGGUCAGACUGGUCUAUUGCUGCAGGAUCGAGCAUUUACUUUUAUGACCAAGUCACGAACGCUUUACGGCCGAAGGGGGUAAAUCUGGAAGAUUUCUACCGCUUUUAUUUGGUCCCAGGAAUGGGUCAUUGCGGGGGCACGUCGGAUCUGAUGGAAGCGCCUUGGGUCAUUGCAGGAGAUGGCCAAUCCUCUAGUCUUGGAAGAGAUGGAAAUAUCCACAGUGUGCCCGGGCAUGAGGAUGUGCGUCACGACGUCGUCCUUGCCAUGAUGAACUGGGUUGAGAACGGGACCAGCCCGGCCGAGCUGGUUGCGACAAAGUUCGUGAAUGAUAAGAAUCCACACGAGGGAGUGUAUCGCCAACGGCCAUUGUGUGUCUAUCCGGCGCAGGCUCAGUACAAAGGCUCGGGGGAUAUUGAUGCAGCGGACAGUUGGGAGUGCAGGCAGCUGUAAUGAUGGUGCCUCGGUCCUGGCCUGCGGACAGCCGUCUAAAGAGUUUAAUCUAUCAAGCACUGCAACAGAAUUUUGUGAAGUACGUCUAGAAGAUCUAACCAAGCACUUCCAAAGGACUUGAUCAAGUACUUUUAAAAUGUUUAAUCAAGCUCGCUACAAAGUGUUCUAAAAUAG